AUGGGCUCCCGAGCGCAGGUGGCUGCCCUCCCUUGCCUGAGUCUGAUGCUGCUUCUCUGGAGCCAGCUGCCGGAGGUCCGGGGCCAAGAGUUCCGAUUUGGGUCCUGCCGGGCGAAGGGGGUCGAUCUCCAGGAACUGUGGGAGGCCUUCUGGGCCGUGAAGGCCUCUGUGCAAGCUCAGGAUAACGUCACGAGUGUCCGGCUGCUGCGGCGGGAGGUUCUGCAGGACGUCUCGGAUGCUGAGAGCUGUCACCUCAUCCAUGCCCUGCUGAAGUUCUACUUGAAUAAUGUUUUCAAACACUACCACAAGAGAACAGUGGAAUUCAGGCCGCUGAAGUCAUUCUCUACUCUGGCCAACAACUUUAUCGUCAUCAAGUCACAACUGCAGCCCAGUCAGGAAAACGAGAUGUUUUCCAUCAGUGAGAGUGCACGGAGGCGCUUUCUGCUGUUCCAAAGAGCAUUCAGACAGUUGGAUAUAGAGGCAGCUCUGACCAAAGCCUUCGGGGAAGUGGACAUUCUCCUGACCUGGAUGGAGAAAUUCUACCAGCUCUGA